AGUUCCCUAGCUCCCGCCGCCGCCGCCGCCAGUGCAGUUGCAGCCGCGGCUGUCUCCCGCCUGCUCGCUCCGGGAGAAGAGAACGCGCGCGAUCUUGGGCGUCCCCGCGCCAGCCUUUCCCGGAGCCAUGAAUCCCAACUGCGCCCGGUGCGGCAAGAUCGUGUACCCCACGGAGAAGGUGAACUGUCUCGAUAAGUUCUGGCAUAAAGCAUGCUUUCACUGCGAGACCUGCAAGAUGACACUCAACAUGAAGAACUACAAGGGCUAUGAGAAGAAGCCCUACUGCAACGCACACUACCCUAAGCAGUCCUUCACCAUGGUGGCCGACACCCCGGAAAACCUUCGCCUCAAGCAACAGAGCGAGCUCCAGAGUCAGGUGCGCUACAAGGAGGAGUUUGAGAAGAACAAGGGCAAAGGCUUCAGCGUGGUGGCAGACACACCCGAACUCCAGAGAAUCAAGAAGACCCAGGACCAGAUCAGUAACAUAAAAUACCAUGAGGAGUUUGAGAAGAGCCGCAUGGGCCCCAGUGGUGGGGAGGGCCUGGAGCCUGACCGCCGAGAUUCUCCGGACAGCGGCAGCUACCGGCGAUCCCAGGAUCAGCCGCAACCACACCACAUCCCGACCGGUGCCCCAGUUUAUCAGCAGCCCCAGCAGCAGCCGGCGGCCCAGUCCUACGGUGGUUAUAAGGAGCCCGCAGCCCCGGUCUCCCUGCAGCGCAGCGCCCCAGGCGGGGGCGGGAAGCGGUACCGCGCCGUGUACGACUACAGCGCGGCCGACGAGGACGAGGUCUCCUUCCAGGACGGGGACACCAUCGUCAACGUGCAGCAGAUCGACGACGGCUGGAUGUACGGGACCGUGGAGCGCACGGGCGACACGGGGAUGCUGCCGGCCAACUACGUGGAGGCCAUCUGAGCCCGCGCGCCGCCCGCCCCGUCGUCCACGCAUUCCACGGCAUCGCAUCCGUCCGCGGGACCUGUCCGCCGUCAGUGUCUGUUUUUUUAAGUCCGCGACAGCUUCUUUCUGCCCACCCUCCUCCAGCUUCUUCUGCCAGGCGAAGCCUUGUUCUUCGGCGGGGUCCUUCCCCCGGCAGGUUUUCCCCUUGACCAACCUCUUGGUUUUCUCUCCGAAUGGAUCAGAUGUGGGCCUCUCUGGGGGAGGGCUGGCCUGGAAUGGGGGACCCAUCAAUUCCCAGGUCUCCGCUCCUCUCUUGUUCACCCCUCAGACCUUCCCGCUCACCUCACACACUCAAACAUUCCAGGGCUGCUGAGCCCAGACUCCCAGGAGCCCCUGUGGGGGCUUCCUACAUUCCCACAGGGCUGGGGAUGGGGUGGGGCGGCCCCUGUGUGGGGACCAGUGCGGGGCUUUACCUCUGCUUCUCAAAGGCGGCCGCCGGACUCCCCACCCCUCCUCUCUCAAGGACAGCAGAGGAGGUGAGCUCUCGCCUCAGGACGCAGCCGUCCCUCCCCACACAUGCCCUUCUCACACUGUGAUUCUGCCCUCCUGCCACGCAGGCCUCGUGUGGCGAAGAGUUCCUCGGGAAGCUCGCCUUGGGCUCCGUUCUUGCCUUUCUGACUUUUCGGGACAGCUGCAGGAGGAGGGGACAGGGUAUUCUCUCCACCGCGCUUUUUCCUGAGUCACACCUCCGGUCUCCAGAAACCCUGGCUUGGCACUGUGGUCCGGAAAGGGGCCUCCCAGUCUGUGCCAGCCCAGAGCCCUGAGAUCUGGGUCGGGCUGGCCGCUUUUCCCUAUUCCUCUCUGGAAGGCGUCUUAGGACCGUUAGCUCCAGGAUGAGCCAUGUGGGGGAAGGGGUGUGGGUGGCAUGUGGGGGUGAGUGUGAGGUAACUUCCCACGGGAGCCUGGCUUUCCCUGGGGUACAGACCUGUCUUCCCCUGGAGUUUUUCUCAAAACCUACUGUGAGAGGAAAGGGCCCUGGGGAGAAAAGUUAACUUAUGUUUUCUUUGGAGUGAAAAUUCCUCCUCUCCUCCUGUCCCCUAGCAGAGGACGCCCACCUGCUGUGUGCUGGGCAGAAGCCAUGGGAUGAGUGAGUCAGUGAGGCUGAUGUUGGGGCUUUGGCUUAUGGGGUAGCCCCAGGCAUAUUCUCUUCCCCAUCUCUGUCCUCUGGGCUGCAGAAUAGGAGGCCAGAGGGCCCUGUUCACCCACACUGUGGGUGUCUUACUGCAGGGGCUCUCCCCCUAGGGGUCUCCCUGGCUUACCUAAAGCCCUUUGAUGCAGAGGGAGAGGUUCCCAGGUAACAGAACUGGAAGCACAGACCCCGGGUGAGGAAGGGCAAGAUGGUGCUAUCUCCAAGUCCCUCUGCUCAUCUGGUGGCUGUGACCAUCCUUUCCUGGCUACCUUCACCUCUGCGCUUUCUUGUCCCCACCCCACUCCCAUUUUCACUGACUCCAACCAGGCCUCCCAGCUGACUUCCUUGCACUCUGUGCCUGCAGGGAGGGCUGGGCCUGAGGGUGCUGGUGUACUCAGUGUCCUGGGGCUGUUUUUACCAACUGCUUUUGAGUUUACUUGGGGACACUUCCCAAAUCAAAAGACUGAGGACCCCUGCCCCACCAUCCCCUUGGAGGGAGGGCAGGUAGCAGGGAGGGAGCGCCGGUGGCCUGGGAGAGGUGCUGGUCCAUUCCUUUUCCUUUUGAUCUCAAAGCACAACCUGCAUUCUGGGACCAGAGGUCAGAGACAUCCAGCUGAGGCCUGCAGAGGGAGGGUUGUUGGGGCUGAGGGAGGCCCAGCAGCAGCCUAUUUUCAUUCUGCUUCAUCUUUGAAAACAAGGAAGGGGGCACUGGAAUCUUGCUACCAGCCCCUUACUCCUCCCAUCCUAAAAAUAGGGGAACUUUUCUGAUAAUCCCCCAUGAGAAGAGGGACUGUCACACUGGUGCUGAGGGGCCCAAGGGCUGCUGGGAGUCCUUAUUCCUUUCCAGAAUCAUCCAUCCCUAGAAAAGCACAGAAUGAGGGCUGGGCCGAACCCUUAGCUUCUCCUUACCGUUCACAGUCUAAUCCCGGGAAAGGAGAUGUGUCAAAGCUGGAAUGUGAAUAUAACUUUAGUGGAACAAUAAUAAAAGGCAAGAAGCCCGAUGGUGAGAAAAAUGAAUUCUCUCAACACUGCUUCCUGUUUUCUUCCUCAUGUCCCUCCAGGGAAAACUUGAUUGCUUAAUUUCUGCCUUUUUUUCCCUCACAUAUGCACUUUUGGGCCCCCCCCCUCUUUUUUUUAAUAGCUGGAAAAAAAAAAUGCCACCCCACAAACCUGUAUUUAAAAAGAAACAGAAAUAACCACGUGAGGUAUUUGUCCAGACAUUUCAUCAUGUGUGUGGAGCCGUCCAUUCAUCUUUCACAUGGGGUGGUUGUCUUUUCUUGGUCUGUUUUGUCCCCUCCCUCGUGGGCCUGUGCUUCAGAUCAAACCUUUCUGGCCUGUCAUGAUUCUGAACAUUUGACUUGGACCACAAGUGAAUCUUUCUCCUGGUGACUCAAAUAAAAGUAUAAUUUUUACCUGCG